UCGAUUCGUUCGGGGAAUGUUUUUUGGGGUGAGCCGUUCUCCGGAAAUUCGCUGACUCCGACAUUAGUCCCGAGGAAAGGUUACGGCACCGCUGCCAUGAAGCGCACCGUGCCACGAAGCACUCUGAAGAACCUGGUGAAGAAGCACAAGCCCCAGCUGCGUUUGGGCGGCAAUACCGACUUACUGGUACAUUUGAACUUCUUGUUGUUCCUGUUUCGGUUAGCAGAAGAAGCCAGGACCAAGGCUAUUGAAGAAAAGAGUAAAAUAAUUAAAUAUGAACAUGUUGUCUCUUCGGCAAAGAUAAUUUUAAAGAAGAGUCGAGGCUAACAGAAAGAAGAGUUCUUAAAUUCACUACAUUCGCAGGGUCUUAUACAUGAUGCAAUUUAGAUAUUUGUGUUUUGUAUUUUCUUUCUUUCCCUUUUUUGCAUUAGAAAUAAAUCUCAAUUCAAUGUAGUCUUUGAAGAAAUUUAGUAAAUGAAUUAGUAAAGUCAACAUCAGU